CUUUUACAGAAAAAAUCAAGUCUUUCUCUUAAAAGUACAAAACCCAACCUUGAGAUGCACCCCUCCUUCUCUUUCCCUUCGUUUCAAGGCAUGAGAGCUUCUUCUUCCACUUUCACUUCCUUGCAAUGAACUAUUGCUUUAAUCCUACAGUCUUUGUAGAUUGCCAUGGACUUUGGGGUUCUUGGUUUGGAGGGUCUUGUGGGUCCUGAAACUAGUAGUGAAGCUCCUUCUCAUGUCUCACCUCCUGAGACCAAACCAAAGAUUCUUGGAUCUGUGUUAAGUAAGCGAGAAAGAUCAGCUUCGUCUGCUCAAGAUGAUUACUGGAGGACUUCAAAGAUGCCAAAAAAUGAUGAUUUUUCUGUCACCAAAACAAUGUCGUUGCACCAACCCACUUCUUUACUGAGAUCUAAUUAUAUGCUUUCUGAUGAUUCUCGCCAACAAGAGCACAUGAUGAGCUUCUCUUCUCCAAGACCAGAAACGACUCCAUAUCUAAGCAAAGAUGGUGGGUUAGUGGAGAGAAGCACACAAAACCACACUGCCUUAAGCUUUCGUUACCAUCAGAACACAGCGUCUUCUUAUAUUAGAAGUGCAGGUUAUGACACCGGAGGCUUGAAUGCAGGCAUGCACGGGCCUCUUACUGGGGUUAGAGGACCAUUUACUCCAUCUCAGUGGAUGGAGCUUGAACAUCAGGCCUUGAUCUACAAAUACAUCACUGCUCGUGUGCCUGUGCCUUCUAAUUUGAUCAUUCCUCUCAAGAAGUCUGUCUACCCUUAUAGCUUACCUGGCUCCUCUACUGGAUCCUUCCCUCACAAUUCAUUGGGAUGGAGCGCUUUCCAUCUUGGUUACCCUGGCAACAACACUGAUCCGGAGCCUGGAAGGUGUCGUCGGACUGAUGGGAAGAAAUGGCGGUGCUCAAGGGAUGCUGUAGCUGACCAAAAAUAUUGUGAAAGGCACAUAAACAGAGGCCGCCAUCGUUCAAGAAAGCCUGUGGAAGGCCAGACUGGCCAUGCUGCCACUGGGACUGCCAGUUCAAAGGUGGUGCCAAUGUCUAACUCGAUGUCAAAAUUGGCAAUAACCAGUGGUGGUGCCUCCAACAGCAUUGCGAUGACCACGCAACAACAGUUCAAAAUUUUGCAGCCGGCUGCUGCCAACACUUCUGCAGAUGCUGAUGUCAACAGAGCACAAGAUGCACAGAGCAUUUCUAUGAUGUCUUCCACCAUCAACCGGAAAUCUGAUGAGUCCUCUUUCUCUGUUCCUAAACAAGAUAUCUUAAUGGAGCAGUGCUCUCAAACAGAGUUUGGAUUUGUCUCCUCUGAUUCUCUCCUCAACCCAUCGCAGAAGAGCUCUUACAUUAACUCUAAGCCCUACGAGUCUUUUCUAAACUUUAAUGACGAAGAAAGCCAAGAUCAGCAUCCCCUUCGUCAAUUCAUCGAUGAGUGGCCGAAGGAUCAAUCUAAUUGUUCUGUCAUUAGCUGGCCAGAAGAGUUGAAAUCUGACUGGACCCAGCUCUCCAUGUCAAUCCCAAUGGCCUCAUCAGACUUCUCAUCAUCAUCAUCCUCACCCACACAAGAGAAACUUGCCCUCUCACCAAUGAGUUUAUCUUGCGAGUUUGACCCUGUACAAAUGGGUUUAAGGGUGAGCGUUGACCAUAAUGAAUCAAGCCAAAAGCAAACCAACGGGAUACCUAUCUCUUGGGGGACUUCAAUUGGUGGCCCUUUAGGAGAGGUCUUGACCACCAGCACUAGCCAUGCGGAUUCCUGCAAGAGCUCAUCAGCCCUUAGCCUUUUGAGAGAAGGUUGUGAUGGCAGCCCACAGUUGGGAUCUUCUCCGACGGGAGUCUUGCAGAAAUCAACUUUCUGUUCCCUUUCCAAUAGCAGUUCUGGGAGCAGCCCAAGAGCUGAGAGCAAGAAAAACAAUGACACUGCUAGUCUGUAUGACGAUGUGGGUGGUUCGAUAAUUGCAAGUUCAUCACCUAUUCCAUCCCUGUAAUCAAGCGAACUGUAAGGAUGAAACCUGUCAAGGAAAUGUGAGGAAGCUUGGAGUUUCUAUUUAUCUGAUAAAUUCCUGUAGGCCGUGUUCUCUUUGUUGCAUGUUCAUUUUUCUCAAUUUGGAAUUUUAGGCGUGGCUGAUUCCAAAUGAUAGGUAUUGGCCAUUCUUGCACCGAUGGAGAUCUUUAGUGAUCUUUAAUGUGUGAAUUGAAGUAAUUUUGUUUCUGCUUUGUUUGA